AUGGCUCGCAAGAAGGUGACCCUGCAGUGGAUCGCCAACGACUCGACCCGGCGCGCGACGUUCAAGAAGCGGCGCAAGGGCCUGAUGAAGAAGGCGAGCGAGCUGGCGACGCUGUGCGACGUGGACGCCUGCGUUGUGGUGUACGGCGAGGGCGAGUCGCAGCCGGAGGUGUGGCCGGACGUGCCCACGGUGGCGCAGGUGCUGGCGCGCUUCAAGGCGAUGCCGGAGCUGGACCAGUGCAAGAAGAUGAUGGACAUGGAGGGCUUCCUGAACCAGCGCAUCGAGAAGCUCCGGGAGCAGCUGCACAAGGCGCAGCGCGAGAACCGCGAGCGCGAGACCACGAUCCUCCUGCACGACGCCAUCGCCGGGCGCCGCCCGGGGGGCCUCGCGGGCCUCUCCGUCGAGGAGAUCGCCAGCCUCGGGUGGAUGGUGGAGAACCGCCUCCACGCCGUCAGGGACGCCAUCGAGCGCCUCCAGGGGAAGGGGCAGGAGGCCCCGGCUGCAGCGACGGCGACGACGGCGCUGCAGCUGCAGCUGCCGCAGGUGGGUGGCCUCCCGCUGGUGCCUUACGGCCACCGGGACGUGAUGAUGCAGGCGCCACCGCACCCGCAGGCGGCCUGGCUGAUGGAGGUGGCCAGGGCCGGAGGCGACCUCGGCGCGCUGGUCUACAGCGGCUUCGGCGGUGGGCGCGGGAGCUUCGCUGGAGGCGCCGCCGCCGGCACCUCCAACGCCGCCGCCGGGGCAGAAAUGCUGCCGCCGCAGCUGGGCAACAUGGGUGCUGCCGGGUUCGCGUGGGCUGAUCCUGCUGGUCUCUCUUUCCCUCCCAUGUAG